AUGGCAAGGACGACGUCUUGCAGUUCUUCGUCUCCGUCACUUGGUCGAUCCACUGCUACUGCCGUCCUGCGUCGAGGCUUCUGUGAAUGUGGAGAAAGGAUCUUGUACCUGACCUCCCACAGUGAUGCCAAUCCUGGAAGGAAGUUCUGGAGGUGCAAAAAUUGGAAGUCACCAACAGAGUGUGGCUUCUUCUUGUGGGACGAUGAAACUGUGUUUGACGCAGCACAUAGAAGAACUGCAAUUAAACUCACCAAAACACUACAUGAGCUGGGUGAGAUGAAGAAGAAAGUGGAUGAUAGCAAGAAGGACUUGGACGAGAUGAAGAUUAAAGCAGAAGAAUUGAAGAUGAAGAAUGAUAAGGUUCAUAGGAAGCUUGAGAAAGAAAUUUGGAAGAAGAAUAUGGCCAUUGUGUGUCUUGUUGUGUCUUGGUUUUGGUUUGUGGUUAUGUCAAGAAAAGUAAAUGUUUCUGUGUAA